AUGCGGUCCUGCCCUCCACACCAACGCGGUCCCCUGACGACGAAACAGCUUCGCAAACGCUCUCACGCCAGCUCGCCAAGUUUUGCGCUCUGCCUUCCAGGCACGAGCGCGGGCACACACGCUCUUAGAAGCGGUGCUGGCUCACGGGUGGGGCCGACCCGCAGCUCCCGAGCGCCGGCUUCCCUGGGUCGCGCGGGCCGGACGAGGGCAGACGAGGCGCACCGGGGCGCGACGCGACGCCGGCCGAGCCCGCCUCCGUCCCUCGCCGCCCCCCUCGCGCGUGGACUCACUGCCCCCGACCUCGCCGGAGUCGGGGGACGAUCCCUGAGAGGGGGCGGACGCCCAGGGUGGGGCGCCCGGGCGCGGCGCCCGUCCCGCCGCCCCACUCGAACCUCGUCCCGCGAGGUCGCGCCACGGCGGGGGGGGCCCGGCUCGGCCGCCCGCGCCACCUGGCCGCACCCGAGGCUCGGCGCGCGGGGAGGCGGAGCGGCGCCGCCCCCCCUCCGGCUAUUUCACCCGGCCGGGAGCGCCGGAAAGCGGGCGGGCGGGCGGGCGGGCGGCCGGGGAGCAGACGGUCCGCGCCCGGGCGGCCGCCGCACCAUGGACUCGGACUCCGGCGAGCAGAGCGAGGGCGAGUCGGCGGCCGCGGCAGGUCCCGAUGCUUUCAGUUCCAAGAGCCUUGCCCUCCAGGUCCAGAAGAAGAUUCUCAGCAAAAUUGCCAGCAAGACUGUGGCCAACAUGUUGAUCGAUGAUACCAGCAAUGAUAUCUUCGAUGAGCUCCACAAAGUGACCAGGGAGCACACACACAAUAACAAGGAAGCUGAUAAGAUCAUGAAGGACUUGAUUAAGGUGGCGGUCAAAAUUGCGGUUCUCUACCGUCAUAACCAGUUCAACACGGAGGAGGUGGCCAUCGUGGAGAAGUUCCGGAAGAAGCUGAACCAGACCGCCAUGACCAUCGUCAGCUUCUACGAGGUGGAAUACACCUUCGACAGGAAUGUGCUCUCCCAGCUCCUGCAUGAGUGCCAGGACCUGGUGCACAAACUGGUGCAGCGCCACCUAACGCCCAGAACCCAUGGGCGCAUCAACCACAUCUUCAACCACUUUGCUGACGUGGGCUUCCUCUCCACUCUCUACAGUCUCGAGGGAGACUGUAGGCCCAGCCUCAAGAGAAUUUGUGAGGGAAUUAAUAAACUGCUCGAUGAGAAAAUUCUCUGACUACCUUCUCUCACUCUGACCCCUCCAUUUUCCUGUUGCAAAGCCCUGUGCGUAUGACUGUGCAGGAGGAGGAGAAAGGGGAGUUUCAUGAGAGGAGCUUGUG